CUGUGGGUGAAAAGUAUAUCGUAGCAGAUAAUACAUAGCAGCAGCAUAUAUGUUGGCAUGGGAGAGGGCCGGGCGUAGGUAGCAAGCAGCAAGCGUCGGCCAGUCGUCGCACCGUGAGAGACGUUUCACCCAAUGUACAGCCGCGUGCAUUUAAUGCACCGAACCAACCGCCCACGCCUCUCCUUUUUCUCAACUGUGGAAAAGCUAGCUAGCUAUUGCCCAAAAGAUCGAGCUGUCAGCAUGCGUCAUAUCUCCACUUUCACUGCACCUUUACCACCUUCCUGCCUGCCUUCUCCUUCUAUAUAUUCUUCUCAAUCUUCGUCUCCUCCACACCGCCUAUCCAUUUCCCUGUUAGCUCUGUUUAGUCGCUGAGAUUGCGUUUCUUUCUUUCUUUCUUUCUUAGCUGUUGUGGAGGGAUAUACAAUGGGUUGUGAUAAGGUGGUGGUGAGUGAGAUGGGAUGGUGGGGGCAGGUUGUGGUGGUGGUGGUGGUGAUGGUUUUGAAGUGGGGAGUGGGAGUGGAAGCAGCUUCGCAAGUGCCGUGCUACUUCAUAUUUGGGGACUCGUUGGUGGACAAUGGGAACAACAAUGCCAUUUCGUCUUUAGCCAAAGCCAAUUACCUCCCUUACGGCAUUGAUUUCCCUGCUGGUCCUACUGGCCGGUUUUCCAAUGGUAAAACCACCGUUGAUGUCCUUGCGGAGCUUUUGGGAUUCAACGGCUACAUUCCGCCCUAUGCGACAGCAAGAGGUCGAGACAUACUCAAAGGAGUGAAUUAUGCAUCAGCAGCUGCUGGUAUCAGAGAUGAAACUGGGCAGCAACUGGGAGGUCGAGUGAGCAUGAGUGGGCAGGUAAGAAAUUACCAGAACACGGUUUCCCAAGUGGUGAACCAACUGGGCAGCGAGGCAGCGGCGGCCAAUUAUCUGAAGCAGUGCAUAUACACCGUCGGAAUGGGCAGCAACGAUUACCUCAACAACUACUUCAUGCCCCUCUACUACUCCUCCAGCCGUCAGUACACGCCCGAGCAGUUUGCCGAUCUCCUCAUUCAACAAUACUCUCAGCAAUUACGGAGUUUGUACAACUAUGGAGCAAGGAAGGUUGCCUUGAUCGGGGUGGGGCAAAUUGGCUGCAGCCCAAACGAGUUGGCUCAAAAUAGCCCGGACGGCAGAACCUGCGUGCAAAGAAUUAACAAUGCGAACAAACUUUUCAAUGACAGGCUUAAAACUUUAGUUGACACCUUGAACAGGGACCUAACUGGUUCAAGAUUUACUUACGUCGACGCCUAUGGAAUUUUUCAGGAUAUCAUAAGCAAUCCUUCAUCAUUUGGUUUUAGAGUGACAAACGUGGGAUGCUGCGGUGUUGGGAGGAACAAUGGCCAAAUUACAUGUCUGCCUCUGCAAACUCCAUGCCAAGAUCGGAAGGGGCACCUGUUCUGGGAUGCCUUUCAUCCCACAGAAGCUGCAAAUGUGAUUGUGGGGAGAAGAUCUUACAGUGCCCAGAAAGCGUCCGACGCUUAUCCGAUUGACAUCCAACGCCUGGCCCAGCUUCAGCUCUGAACUCGGAGACGAUGGCUGGCAUAUAUGUACUGCUCAUCAUAAGUAUGAUGGAAAACUAUAUAUAGGUUCCUUAUCAUUAAAUAAAUUACUCUUGUUAUUGUCCCAAUGGACUGAACUUUGUUAUAUGCUUCUAAAUUCAAUGAUACACAUCCCAAGAGGGAGAUGUACAAUUACCGCUCACCCCCUACCCCCCCAACCGUUUUGCCUCCUUUAGACCCUUGUAAUAAGGUGUGUAUGCAUGGUACAGUGUAUCGUAGAAUUUUCCUUUAUCGUAUUAUAAUUUCCAAUAAUUAAGAGUUUGUUUUCUUACUUUA